CUUUAAAAUUAACUAUUAUAUAUCAUCUUGUAGAGAAAUGUUUUCUCUACAGAACUGCCGUUUUAGAAAAAUGUCGAAAAUCGUUUUUAUGAAAAUACAAAACAUUUAUUGUGAAUUUUUGAAAAAUACAAAAAAAUAACCGAUGCACUCCUACUCAGAUGCGUGUAUAAGUAAUUCAUCAUUGAUUUCUGUUUUACUCAUAAUCUAUUAAUUUCCAUUAUUUCUCUAUUUCAGUUGUAUUUCCGAUGAAUAUCUCUUUAACCAAAUCCUGUGUACUUCAAAUACAACCGGAUGCAUAAUAAUCUGUUGUUCGUCUUAUAAUUUUUGUAACGAUCGAGAUGCGUAUUCUGCAAGUCUAAGAAAAUACAUGAAUGAUUCAUUUUACAACUCAGGUUUGAACUUCAGUCUCUUUUCAUACUAAAGUUAAAACACGUCACCUUUAUUCGCUCUAGCUACGCCUACCAAUAGUAUAACGAAUCAACCACCAUCUCCAACAUUUCUACUUCAUUAUGCAGCCAUUUUGUUAAUAGUGGUUUUUAUCGUUUUCUGGAGUACUUUCAUUGCAUUAUUUUAUCUAUAUAGAAAAUGUUUCAAAAAGUAAGUCUGCUAGCAAUUCAAAGAUAUUAUAAUCGACUUACGGAAUUUAUAUCACUAUUGGUCGCCGCUGCCGUGGAUUAGAUAUUUGAGUUUAGCAGUACAUAUCGAAUCUCACUGAAACUUCAUGUUUUUACACGUAUACGGAUAAUAACUAUUGUUUUUUUUUGAUUCUUAGAAAAUCAUUGUGUUUGUUUCGUUCUCCAACCGUUUCAACAAAAUCUUCUUCAGCAAAGAAACCAAAGAUUACUAAUAAUAGGCUGGUUUGCUGUGUGAAACAAAAAGCAUGCACUGAUCAAGCAUCAGAUGGAUUGUUGGACGAAAUGUCGAUGAGUACAACUGGCUCUGGUAGAAGACUUAUUUUUACUUCUGUUAGUUUUCUGUACUUAAUCUGUUAUUGUUUUUUUCUUAAAAUUAUUUAGGUCUCCGGUCACUUGAGCCACUUACAUUAGCUCGUCAAAUUGAUUUAGAACAGUUAAUUGGUCUUGCGGUUAAACAACUAAUAUAUGUACCAUUGACAAAAAAAGAUUUAUUAUUACCAAAUAAUGAGAAUAACGAUGUUAUCGGCAUACAGGCAAAUACACGUGUAGGAACAAAACGAUAUAUGGCACCGGAAGUUUUAAGCGGUGCUAUGAACCAACAGAGUUUUGAUUCGUUCAAAGCAGCUGAUAUUUAUGCACUUGGUCUUAUCUAUUGGGAAUUACUAACACGCUGUCAUAGUCCGGGAACAAUUAUGGACAGUACGAUGCAUUUUAUUUCGAGAUUAUGUGAAGAAUUGUGGUAUGAUGAUUCCACACCCCGUUGGAAUGGUUUAAAUGUGAAAAGACAAUUAAAAGAACAGUACGAAUCUAUUCAACAUACUAAGGACUUGCCGACAGUUGGCGCCACAACUGCUACAACAACAACAACUUCGAUAACAUCAGCUGGUGCACCUGGCGAAAGUAUUCAUCAUCAUACUCAAAGUGCAUCACAGAUAGCUAAUGUUGCUCAACUGUUACCAUUGGAGUUAGUUGAUAAAUGCAUUGGUUCUCGUAUUCAUGUCAUUAUGAAAUCUGAUAAAGAAAUUGUUGGAAAUUUGCUGGGUUUUGAUGAUUAUGUUAAUAUGGUGUUAGACGAUGUGACAGAGUUUGAAACAACACAAGAUGGUGGCAGUCGAAUAACAAAAUUAGAUCAAAUAUUAUUAAAUGGAAAUCAUAUAGCUAUGCUUGUACCGGCAAUGCACUAUCCACCUCCGUCUCAGCAACAAACGCAGCCUCAACCACAACCUCAGCAACAAAUUUUUGUUGUUCCACAAACCCCAAACCUAAAUAAUUCUAAUACGAAUCAAGUGAACCCUUCUAAAAUGUCCUACGUUUAUUCGACCGCUACGAAUCAGCAACAAAGUCCGUCGUCAAAUAUUCUACAUCAAACCCAAAGAAAUGUAAUAUCAACAAAUGGAACUACAAUGAUUACAAAUCUUCAUACACAGCAACCAUCAUAUCAGCAAUUCCAGCCAUCACAACAACAACAACAACAACAACAUCAACAGUUUCUAGUUAAUAGAUCAUCACCUUCAACAACAUCAAUGCCAUUAUCACAAACAAUCAAUCAAAAUUCACAAAGAACGAUUAUGAUUUCGAAUAAUACAUCACAGAUAUCAAAUCAAUCACAAUCACCAAUACAGCAACAAUAUAUGCCAACAUCGACUUUACCUUCUCGUCAAACAUUUACAACUCUUACUAGUGCUGCUUCUCCUUCCGUUCAACGUUCUCCCGUGUCAGAUCAUUCAACUCAAUUGCUCACCAGCAAUAACAAUAUUUUGUCAACACCUUCUUCUGUGACUCCUAUUUCUUCACCCACUCUCUCCAUACCUAAUAAUCAAGUUCGUCCACAAACGCUAUCUAAUAUGAGGCCACAGAUUUCACAAACAGCGCUCAAUUCUUCUAUCCCGUUACAACAACAACAACAACCACAACAGUCUUCUGCAAUAACUGCAACAACGACACAUUCGUCUACUGUUCCUACUCCUCGUGUUGAUCAACUUCAACAAGUAUUAAAAUUUUGUCGACAAUUUAAUUUAAAAGAAACGGAGGAAACAUUAACAAAGGAGUAUCAACAAAUUAUAGACUCACAGAAAUCGUCAGAUAUAAAACCAACAAUAGCAACAACUGCAUUAUCAAAAUUUGAUCCAGACCAAUAUUUUCAAUCGUACGAUGCUUAUUUAAAUUUUGUACAAGAGCAAAAUGAAUCAAAUCGACAUGAAUUUUUCCAAUUACUCUAUCCAUUAUUCGUACACAUGUAUUUAGAACUAAUUGAAAAUCAUAAAUUAUCCGAAGCGCAACAAUUUUUUAAGUUAUAUACAUCUAAACCGGAGUUAAAACAAAGAGCAUUUGUCACCCAUCAAGAUGAUUUAUAUAAAAUAAACUCUCUCUUGUCUAAAGAACAAAUCGAACAAAGUGAUUUUGUUAAAUCAUUUCGAUUAAAUGGUCGUUAUUGGAUUAAAUUAUGUGAUUCGAGUUUAAAAAUGUUAGAUCAAUUAUUAAUUAAACAACAAAAGUAUCCAUUAUUAACACGUCUCAUACAACAGUAUAUGCAAUUAGAGAUAAGUGAUGGGCAAGCCCGAAAUAUUGAUAUACAACAAUUAUUAAGCGGAGGAAGAUUAGGCGAAAUAAAGACAGAUGAUAAUCAAAAUAAAAUGUACUAUGGACUUUUGAAAGAACAUGAUUUAACUCGAAUACAAACCCACAAAACAUUAUUAGCACCACCGACAUCAACCACAACAAAUACCACGGGUGGAGACGAUGAACAGCAACAGGACGAACAACAGCAAAAACCUACCACAACUAAUCGUAAGAAACUGAAACGUGAUAUAUUUUUGCAACGUCCCACAAAAUCGUCUCAACGUAUCGACCCAAAUUCACCAUUAUUAACUCGAAUACCAAUUCCAGAAUUACGUGAACAUGAACGAAUUGAUUUGUUGAAUAUGUACAAUGAUGAUUAUACAAGAAUAUUAAAAAUAAAACAAGAAAAUCUACCAUCAUGUUGUUAUUAUACACUGUUAAAUGGUUAUUUAGAAAUUAAUUGUUUAGAGCUAUCUGAUGAUUCCACGCUAUUAGCAGUUGGUUGUAAAAAUUCGACAAUAUUAAUAUAUUCUUUGAAUCGUCGAAAAUUAAUUACAAUGAAAUUACCAAAUGAUUUAGACAUGCUAGAUAAAACAAAUGAACAAGUAUACGAACAAAUGAUGAUGGAAGAAGAUGAUGAAGGUGUGCCCAAUGACAGUAUGGAAACAGAUAAAGACAAGGAUAAAGAUAUUUUAUAUGAUCAACGUCUGUUAUGUGGUCAUACUGGUCCUAUUUAUGGUUUAUCAAUGUCGCGAGAUAAAUGGUUUCUAUUGUCGUGUUCUGAAGAUUGUACAAUUCGUUUAUGGUCUCUACUAACCUGGACAUGUUUAGUUGUCUAUCGUGGACAUACACAACCUGUAUUCGAUAUUCAAUUUGGACCAUUUGGUCAUUAUUUUGCAUCUUGUUCAUUAGAUAAAACAGCUCGUCUAUGGUGUAUGGAUCAUUCACAAACAUUAAGAAUAUAUACAGAUACAAUUAAUGAUAUUGAAACAAUUUGUUUUCAUCCGAAUUCAAAUUAUUUAGCCACUUCAUCGUCGGAUCGUAUUAUUAAAGUAUGGGAUCUACUUGAAACAAAAGAUGGAAAUGAAAAUAAACCUAUUCGACAAAUGUCCGGUCAUAAAUUACCCAUAUGUAUUAAACGAUUUACAAAAGAUGGAAAAUAUUUGAUAUCGUGUGGAUAUGAUAAACAAAUAAUGAUUUGGGAUAUGACCAGUGGAGCAUUAUUAACAUGUUUCUUAGGACAUAAUGAUGCGAUAUUCUCCAUGGAUUAUUCUCGUGAUGGUAAUAUUCUCGUUACUGGUGGUUUAGAUUUUACAAUUAAAUUAUGGAAUUUAGGAAAAUUAAUUAAAGACGCUCAAGAUCAACAGUUGGAGACAUUGAAUAAAGUCACACCUAAUCAUAAAUAUGAGAUGACUUGUUAUAGAACAAAACGUACAUCAACUAUAUUAUUACAUUUUACACGACGAAAUCUACUAAUAGGAAUGGGGGUUUUCAUACCAUUACCAUCCACAGCUUUGCCACAAACAUCAUCAUCAUCUACACAACAGUUAACACCAACAUCCCAGGCGAAUGCAUUGACAACAGCAACAACAAUAGCUACAACUACAGUCAAAGAAGAAGAAUAA